CGGCUCGGAAUCCGACAUCGGCUCUGCUCCUCUUCUUCUCCCUCCUCCGCCCCCUCCUCUCUCUCCCACUGUUUCGGCACCGGGCCUGACUUCUGAGACUGCGCGGAACUGAGAAAAGGUUCGAUUUUUAAGUAGAGAAUGGAGUCCAAAUGGGGGAGUGGAAUGUUGUGGACGACACUGCUCGUCUCCCUCGCGGUGGCCGCUUCUGUGGCGGCGGAGCGAGGGAUUCGACCGGAGAUCGCCGCAGGCGACGCAGUCGAAGCUGAGGAGGUUGGACUGUCCGAUUACAUGCUGAAUGUUGUAAAUUUCUUGUGGCGACCGAAUGAGUCCUCCUACCAGCACGUUUGGCCGUCCAUGAAAUUUGGGUGGCAAAUCAUUGUCGGAACCAUCAUUGGAUUCUUGGGAUCUGCCUUUGGGAGUGUUGGAGGUGUUGGAGGCGGUGGGAUUUACGUCCCGAUGCUUACCCUCAUCAUUGGAUUCGAUGCCAAGUCUUCUACGGCUAUAUCAAAAUGCAUGAUCAUGGGUGCUGCAGGAUCUACAGUUUGUUAUAACCUGAAGCUGAGGCAUCCAACUCUUGAUUUGCCUAUCAUCGAUUACGAUCUUGCUUUGCUUUUCCAACCAAUGCUAAUGCUGGGCAUUAGUAUUGGAGUUGCAUUUAAUGUCAUCUUUGCUGAUUGGAUGGUCACGGUCCUUCUUAUUAUCCUUUUCAUUGGAACAUCAACAAAGGCAUUUUUAAGGGGAGUAGACACAUGGAAGAAAGAGACUAUCUCAAAGAAGGAGGCGGCACGUAAGGAAUCAAAUGCCGGAAGAGAAGAAGUGGAGUACGAAUCUCUGCCAUCUGGUCCUGGGGAUGCAUCAAAGGCUCUGAGGACAGAGGUACCAAUCAUGGAAAAUGUGUGCUGGAAGGAGCUUGGCCUUCUUUGUUUUGUUUGGAUAUCAUUUCUUAUUCUUCAAGUUCUGAAGCAAUAUUACACAUCAACCUGUUCUUUGUGGUAUUGGUUUCUCAACUUCCUUCAGGUUCCUGUAUCUUUAGGAGUGUCAGGAUAUGAAGCUGUUAGCUUGUACAGAGGAAAGAGAACAAUUUCAUCGAAAGGAGAGGCUGAGUCAAGUUAUACAGUUCUUCAUCUUGUAUUUUACUGUUUGAUUGGUGUCCUUGCUGGUGUAGUUGGAGGACUGCUUGGUCUUGGAGGUGGGUUUAUACUAGGUCCUGUAUUCUUGGAGCUUGGUGUUCCUCCCCAGGCACAAGCUAAUCGAGUUGUCUUCUUCCAGGUCUCGAGUGCCACGGCAACUUUUGCAAUGACAUUUUCCUCAUCAAUGUCAGUCGUAGAAUAUUACCUCCUGAAGCGUUUUCCUAUCCCAUAUGCAUCGUAUUUUGUGGCCAUUUCUUUAGUUGCUGCCUUUGUCGGCCAGCACGUAGUUAGGCGAUUGAUUGUAAUAAUGGGGAGGGCGUCACUCAUCAUCUUCAUCCUCGCAUUCACCAUUUUUGUUAGCGCAAUCUCAUUGGGCGGAGUUGGCAUUUCAAACAUGGUUUAUAAGAUCCAGCACCAUGACUACAUGGGAUUUGAGAAUCUCUGCAAAUAUGAAGUAUAGCAUCAAGUGAAAAAUCAAGAUAAUGUCUCGGUCAGCCACAGAUUUUUCUCUUUCGUAUCAGUUAUUUCAGAGGGAAGGAUAUGAACAAUGACAAGAUGAUGCUAUCUUGCCGCUGCUCCAAAAUUUUAUCGUCUUGAAUUCUCCUGAAUAGAUUCAUACUUGGAACUUGAUUCGGAGAGACGGUGAACAAUGUGAAGAAGUUCUUCUUGCUAUCUCAAUCCUCAUUGAUUCUUCAUCAUUGUUUCCUCCCUUCUCCCUUUUUAAUAUUUGAUAUGAUUUUCUUUU